AAACUCCAAAAUCUCAUCUUUUCUUAUUACUAACGAAGAUGUCGAGGUCUUGAGAGAGAUCUUUCACACUGUCAUCACCACCUAAAACCUCGAGAAAGCUUGAAGCUUUUUUUAAUCAAUGGGCAAGACUGGAAUCAACUUGUUCGACGACACGAGAAACGGGUUCUUCUCAGUUUCCACCGAUUCGGGAUCCGAUUGGAGCCUCCUACAGAACCCGAAUUACCGCCCAGUUGGCGGUGGGUUGUUAUUCGCGAGUGUUAAUCAGUUAGGAGCUGGGUUCGGGUCAGGACUCGGGUCUGGAUCUAUUCCGAAUCCUCCAGACAGAGACGGCAAUAGCUUCACUGCUCAGCUCAAUGAUCUAUGCACAAAGUACUUGCCUUUCAAGGAAGCGGAGGUUGAAGAAGAAGAAGAAGUGAAGAAGAAGAAGAAAGGAGGUUUCAAACUGAAGCUUAAGAUCUCGAACCCUUCUUUGCGGCGGCUGUUCAGCGGAGCCGUGGCCGGAGCGGUUUCGAGGACGGCUGUUGCUCCUUUGGAGACCAUUAGGACACAUCUGAUGGUCGGAAGCGGCGGCGAGUCCACCACCGAAGUGUUCCGUGAUAUCAUGAAGCACGAAGGGUGGAAAGGUCUCUUCAGGGGUAAUUUGGUCAAUGUCAUUCGAGUAGCACCUGCUCGUGCCGUUGAGCUUUUUGUGUUCGAGACAGUUAACAAAAAGCUGACACCCAAGCUCGGAGAGGAUUCGAAGAUUCCCAUCCCAGCUUCAUUGCUCGCGGGUGCUUGUGCUGGUGUCAGCCAAACCCUCUUGACAUACCCUCUCGAGCUAGUCAAGACCCGUCUUACUAUUCAGAGAGGUGUGUACAAGGGAAUAUUGGAUGCGUUUGUAAAGAUAAUAAGGGAGGAAGGACCGACAGAACUCUACAGGGGUCUCGCCCCGAGUCUUAUAGGAGUGGUUCCAUACGCAGCGACAAACUACUUCGCCUAUGAUUCCUUGAGAAAGGCGUACCGUAAGAUGGUGAAGAAAGAGAGCAUCGGAAACGUGGAGACUCUUUUGAUUGGUUCUUUAGCUGGUGCUCUAUCGAGUACGGCGACUUUCCCCUUGGAGGUUGCCCGGAAGCAUAUGCAGGUGGGAGCAGUUGGAGGGAGGGCGGUUUAUAAGAACAUGUUGCAUGCGUUGGUCUGUAUACUGGAGCAAGAAGGUCUUGCAGGUUGGUACAGAGGGCUUGGGCCGAGUUGCUUGAAGUUGGUUCCUGCAGCUGGAAUAUCUUUCAUGUGUUACGAGGCGUGCAAGAAGAUACUCGUUGAGAACAGUAACGAGGAUGCCUGAGAGCUCUGUUUUGUUACAACUCACAUGGGUACUUGUGGGUUUGAUCAUCAGACUAACACUGAUGGACCUGGCGAACCAAAUCAGGUCAUGGCUGAUGUGUACCUGUUGAGACUCACAAUUUAGGAGAUUUCAGUUUGAAAUUUUGGGCUGGCACAUUAUUGAUUCUUGCGGAACUACUAAACAUCCAAAAGAUUCUUUUUUUGUUUUUGUUUUUGGUUUUUGUAUUGUGUUCUUGAUCAGACAUAGCCUUGCUUUAUUUUUUACUUGCUCAAAUAAAGUUGGAAAUGCAAUCUGUAUUGAUUUACAACC